CACAUGCGCAAACGCAGCAGAGUAAUUUGUUGAUAUCCUGCUUAGUAGUAUUCAUUUAGACUUUGGUAUUUCAUAGCCAAACCUAUCCCCACCGCAGGGGUUUAAUUUGUGUCGGGCAGCACCGUUAACUAUAACGUUAUCUAUAUGAAGGGCUGAUGGAAGACACAAGGGAUUUGGCUGAACGCACCCCACGUUCAGAGCGUAAGCGGAGAGACUCAUUCGGGAUGUUCGAUGGCUAUGACAGCUGCAGCGAGGAGUCCACCAGCAGCUCCAGCUCUGAAGACAGUGAGGAUGAGGUGGUACCCUCCAUGCCUGCUAGCCUUCCCAUCAUCAAAAACAAUGGACAAGUGUACACCUACCCUGAUGGCAAGGCUGGAAUGGCCACCUGUGAGAUGUGUGGGAUGGUUGGAGUCCGAGAUGCUUUCUACUCCAAAACUAAGCGCUUCUGCAGUGUAUCAUGUUCCAGAAGUUAUUCGUCAAACUCAAAAAAAGCUAGCAUCUUGGCAAGACUCCAGGGCAAACCACCAACGAAAAAGGCAAAAGUCUUACAGAAACAGCCUCUUAUGGCAAAGUUGGCAGCUUACGCCCAGUACCAAGCAAGCCAACAGAACCAAGCCAAGUCUAAAGCUGUGGUCCCUGCGGAGAGCUUUGACUGGGGGCGGUAUAUCUGUAGCAAUAACACAGUAGGAGCUCCGGUCAGCUGUUUCAAACAUGCCCCUAUGGGGACGUGCUGGGGAGACAUCAAUGAAGGAGUGAGAAUUGAAGUGCUUAACUCUGAUACCAGCCUCUCUACCAAGGUGUACUGGAUUGCAGAAAUCAUUAAGCUAGCAGGGUUUAAGGCUCUCCUGCGAUAUGAGGGCUUUGACAAUGACAGCAGUAAGGACUUCUGGUGUAAUCUCUGUAUCCCUGAGGUGCACCCUGUCGGAUGGUGUGCAUCUAGUGGCAAACCCCUUGUACCUCCAAAAAGUAUACAACAUAAAUACUCGAACUGGAAAGCCUUUCUUGUGAAGCGGCUCACUGGAGCUAAAACACUGCCGCCUGACUUUAACGCCAAGGUACAUGAGAACAUGCAGUUUCCCUUUAAGAAGCUGAUGCGGGUUGAGGUGGUGGAUAAGAACUACCUGUGCCGGACACGGGUGGCCUUGGUGGAGCAGGUGAUUGGUGGUCGCCUCAGGCUGGUCUAUGAGGAGAGUGAGGAUGGGUCAGAUGACUUCUGGUGCCACAUGUUUAGCCCCCUCAUCCAUAGCAUCGGCUGGUCCCGCAGCAUCGGACACCGCUUCAAACGAUCCGACAUCACAAAGAAAAUGGAUGGACAGAUGGAUGCUCCUGCACCGCUCUUCCAGAAGGUAAAAGAUGUGGACCAGAGUGGGGAUUGGUUCAAAGAUGGAAUGAAGUUAGAAGCCAUUGACCCCCUCAACCUCUCAGCUAUAUGUGUAGCCACUGUAAGAAAGGUGUUGGCAGACGGGUACCUCAUGAUCGGGAUUGACGGUUCGGAGGCGGUGGACGGAUCAGACUGGUUCUGCUACCACGGCACCUCCCCCUCUAUCUUCCCUGUCGGAUUCUGUGAAAUCAAUGACAUUGAACUCACGCCCCCUAGAGGGUACACUAAGCUGCCAUUUAAAUGGUUUGACUACCUCAGAGAAAUGGGUUCAAUAGCUGCUCCUGUCAAGCUCUUUAACAAGGAGGUUCCUAAUCAUGGAUUCCGGCAAGGCAUGAAGCUGGAGGCUGUGGACUUGAUGGAGCCACGGCUGGUGUGUGUUGCCACGGUGACGAGGAUAGUGCACCGGCUACUGAGGAUCCACUUUGACGGCUGGGAGGAUGAAUACGACCAGUGGGUGGAUUGCGAGUCACCUGACCUCUACCCGGUGGGCUGGUGUCAACUGACGGGAUACCAGCUCCAACCUCCCGCCUCCCAGAGCAACAGAGAAAUGCCUCCAUCUGUGCCCAAGCAGAAGAAAAAGGCCCAGCAGUACAAAGGCCAAAAGAAAAAGAGGAAGAUUCCGGUUGGUCGACGGCCCUUCAGUCAGGCAGGCAGGAGGAGGAGCUUCUCGGGGGACGAAGAGCAGAGCCCGCCCCCUUACCCUACCCAGGGGCCUACUCGGCCCCCCCGGCCCCGAACCCACCUCCACCAAACCCACAAAUCAGAGCCUCUUCUGCGAAUGAAGGAGGAGGCAGCGGAGGUCGACGAGUUUACCUUCUCACAGACCAUCUCUGACCAGGAGAGCAAUGGCUCCGGCAGCUACUACAUCAAACAGGAGCCCUGAGGUCGUGAGGAUACGACAGAGCAGGAUGAACCAGGACAGAACACACCUCUGGAGACUGGAUCAGGAUCAUGGAGAGUCAAAACUCCGGUUCCACUUAGAGACCAACACCAGGCCUGUACAUGGAGUCAGUACAACGUCAUGAAGAGCAAGCUUCUGAAAAAUCCUGAAGGGAACAACUUUGUAAUGUUGUAGCUGUGUGUGCACGUAAUCACUCACAAGCCCCCACAUGUUUCGGAUUAACAGGUUUGGGAAGCACCCACCGUCAGGCCUGGUUCAUACAUGUUUGGGCAUUCGUUUUUUUAAAGCCUCCACCCGGCUUUUUCUCCUCUCCUGACAGAAAUGUCCACUCAGAUUAAAGACACUCGAGUGGAAUCAUCCAACAACCCUUUUUUUUUUCCACAAAAAAGGGGGUCGUGCAAGUUCACAUCAGCCCAUCCUGCCUCUGCCACAAUCUGGGCGGCACACAGAGACCUGUAGAAACUGUGAGAACCAUUUAUUGAGCCAGGUCUUCAGUUUUCUUUACUUCUUUUUUUAAACAUUUGGUUUGUUAUCAGGUCUGAGAGUCAGCCACUGAACGCAGGAUUUCCAUUGGCCCAAGGAGAGAAGAGGCUGGCCCAAAGAGGAACAGAGUUGUGUAUAUUUUGGUUCUUUUCUUUUGAACAAUAUUGCCAGGUGGACUUUUCCUUUGUUAAUAGUACUUGAAGCUUUUUUUUUUCUUUUAUUUUGUAAUGAUCUAUUUUGGAGUUGUUUUGUCUUAAUGUUCUUAUUUUACAUUUACAGUUUUUGGUGGCUGUGUGGGGAAUUUAAUGUGCAUUGUUUUAUAAAAGUGAUUCUAUUCAUAUAGUAUGUGGAAACCUAUUCAAAUAGAACUACAGAGUAUAGAUAUUACAGCUGGUGGUUUGACGAGAGCAAUCUUAGUACAAAUGCUGCUCAGCAUUACUCAUUUACAUGGGCGUUUGAUAUUUGGGUAGCAAAACACUUGUUAACAAUCACAAGCUGUCCACUGCUUUGUUUCUCAUCCAAACAUUACAGUACAAGAAGCAAUGAAACUCAAUGUUCAAGUCUCAAAAUCCACAAAUUAACACAAGCUUCCAAAACUUUAAGGAGAUCUUUGGUAUUUCUGAAAAGUCUUGUGAUUUUAUUGAUAUGAAAUGGAGAAAAUAAGCAACUUUUCCAUAUUUCAAAAAUGUUAGAAGUCUGCAUAGACCAGUAAGAUGUGGUGUGAGUCUGUUCCACCACAGAGAAUUGACAAGUAUAUAAAAUUAAGUUAAAAAAAUCUGAAAAAAUAAGAAGUAUUCUCUGCUUUACAACAGAAGCAACAGGGUUCUGGUAUGGAAGUGAAGCAAUGUAAGCGCCUGCUGUGAAUGAACCUACAAAAAAAAAUAACAUCAGCCAAGAUAAGCUGCAUAACUAAAGCACAUUGAAUGGUUUUGGGUUGUUGUGUUAAAGAGGACCUCCAGGGACCCAUCACCAGAAUCCCACAAAACCAUAAAUGACUGUUAGCACUGUUCACUCAUACCCCACCCUUAUAAAACGACAGCAUUGUGUUUUAGACAAGUUGUGCUGUAAUGUUAAGGAAAAAUAUCAAAGCUGUGGAAAUAAAAAUCCAGUUUAGUAAGUAAAUUUGGCCCUUCAAACACACAAACGCUUAUAGUUUGAGCUAAUACGAGCAGCAGCGUGUGUUGCAUUAAAGAAAAACCUUACUGGUAUGAUAGGGUACACUCUAACAUGUUACUCCCACUAUCCAGUCUAACGUUGACCUCUACAGUUUGGAUGUAGCUGCUGUUAGGGAGGGACCAGAGUCUUAUCAGAGGCGGUCGACACAACUGGCUGAUUAACAAGUCCCUUUGACACGAGGCCAGUCCAGCUCUCAGUCCCACCGUACAGCACAAGAAAGCUCCACUCAUCCAUCACUUACAUACAGUUAAAGGACACACUACAGCAGUGGUGUUUCUGUUGUUAUGGGCCAACCAGUGGAGGACAAAGGCUCCAGGUUACAUGUGAAACACCUCAUUUGUAUGGAGUCUGAAGUGUGCCACCAUAGAGUUAUAUAGACUUUGUGAAUGUAUAGUUACUAUUUACUAAUGAAUAAGAAUCCUCUGAAAUAGAUCAGUUACAUUUUAUUACAAUUAUACAGAUGAAUCCUUAUUCCAUGAGAAAAUUAUGAGGUGGCUUAGUAAAAAAAAAAAAUCAUUUUAAUUACAUGUAGACAACUCAACAGUGAGGCAGUAGAUGCAAAUCCUGUUGUAAAGGUUCAGUGUGUAAGAUUUGGAGUCUGUUUUGUACUCGGCUGCAUCAUUUGUAGAUUGUAGCUGUCUUCGGUAACACCCCCUACACUGAUUUCCUUGUUAAGAACUCAGGUCAGUUUUUUUUGUAAAAUCAUCAGACUGACACAGUUCUUCGGCAUCUCCCAUUUGCUCUUCUACAGCAGCAACAGCAGUUUAGAAACUGAAUCAGCUAAUGUGAGUCACGACUGCCUGUUCUGUCAAGUGCAUUU